CGCACUACCGCUAUGAUGAUGAGCAUGACAAACCACGCGAAGGCGAGCAGCGCCGUCAAGAACACGACAACCAGCGACAUGAUGUGCAUCCAAGAUGUCAUGGACGCGCGGCGCAAGAUCAAUAGCGCCCACCAUGCCACGCAGUCGCCAUUCAAGGCCGCGCAGGCUUCGAGUGUUCGCCGCACACCCAACGGCUCCUCGGCAACGACCCAGCCGUCGACGACCCUGAUGCAGUGCAUCAAGAAGCUCCUGGCUCAGCUGCCACGACAAGACACCUUACGGUGCCUCACUGAACACCUUUGUGCGCUCAUGUCAACCAUGUCGUCGAACUUCCCAACCAUUAACCGCGUGCUGGAUCAAGCACUUUCAAACUCUGGCCUCGUGCAGAAGCAGGCGGCGCAGCUCGACGAAGCAGGGCGCCGCAUCAUGUCGCUCAAAGCGGACAUCGACGACCUGCACCAUGAGCGCCGCCAACUCAUGACCGACUUGGCGGACAGCAACGGUGUGGCGGAACGGAUGUUCACGGCGAACAAGGAGCUCACGCAGCAGUGCCUCUCUCUGGAAGAUCAGCUGUGGGAGGCCAAGGCGGCCAACACGGCCAUGGCGGCGGACCACGCCCUUGAAAUGGAGACCCUGGCCAAGGAGAUGUGCAUGCACCUGAAAGAGUCGAACCUCAAAGUCCGUGAACUCAGCGCCCAUUUGGCGGAGAGCAGAGGCGCGGCGCAACGGAUUCUCACGGAGAAGGAGGCGCUUUAUGACAUCUGCUUCUCAAAGGAAGAAGAGCUGAGGGAGGUGUCAAGGCGGCCAUGGCGGAAGACCACGCCCUGGCGAAAGACAUGUACAUGUACAUCGAGGACUUGCAUAUUGAACGCAACCAACUCAGCGCCGACUUGACGGACACGAAAGAAGCGGCGAGACAAGAUGUUGAUAGCGAAGGAAGAGCUGCAGGAGUCCUACAUCGUCAUGGAACGGCAGGUCCGCGCAGCCAAUGGCACCAGGCGGCGGACCACGCCAUGGAACUCAAGGCCAUGACCAAGAACUUGUUGCUGUACAUCGACGACUUGCACCUCGAACGCCGUCAACUCAGCGAUGACUUUGCGCACGCCGACAAGGCAGCCCAGCGGUGGCUAGACAAGUCCAUUGAGCUCCAACACACGUGCUCAUCCAUGAAACGUGAGCUCCUGGAAACCCACCUCGAAGUGUAUUUGCUUCGCCAACACCCGAUCCGGGCGUAGGUCGUUAUUUAUUAUUUAUUCAUAAUCAAUAUUUGUAUUUCAA